AUGUGGAUCUAUCGUAAUCGGGCCACAUUCGAAUGCAAAAAACUGAGAACUCCUUUUGAUGUGGUUUUCUCUGCAUGUGGGUACAUGAACUAUUGGGCAGGUCUGAUGGAGGGAACUGAUCGUGAGGCGAUGGAGCGCGGCGCUAAGAUGCUCAAGACCAACGCAGCUGCCAUGAUGAGGAUUUGCACGGCCCCAGCUGGAAUGGCGAUGGAUUGA